AGUUAGCUGAAAUUUUCAAAAUUGGUCUUGUAAAAUUGAACAUCAUUAUCGAACUGGGAACUGACAAGCAUACCUAAUUCAGGACAGAAAGAGACUGGUCAAGUGAAGCUGGGGAUCGACUCUGUCAUAAGAAUUAAAAGUAGCCUAGCUCUAGUUGUGCUUGAUCAUCUCAAUAUUUACGGUGGUUGUUCGUAAAAUUUAGUGCUUGAGUUUUUGAUUUAUCAUCGUUAAAAUGGGUGUCAGGACUUUGAACAUCAUUCUGGAUAAGCAAGAUAAGGUUUAUAAUCCGGGAGAAAGGGUAACCGGCAGAGUUCGACUGGUGCUGGAUUGUGAAAAGAAAAUCAAAGUCGUCGAACUCAAGCUUAAAGGAAAAGCUAAGUGUAAAUGGGAUGAAGAAGAAAGCUACACAGACGACGAAGGUCACAGUCAAACCAGAACACGUUGUCGAAAAUCAACUGAAACCUAUCUAAAAAAUGAACAAAAUUUGAUCGGAGGAAAAGGUAAAUUUAAAUUAGCUGCUGGAGAACAUGUUUACCCAUUUAGUGUGGUUUUGCCAAUUCGUGCUCCAACAUCAUUCAGUAGUUUUUAUGGAGAAGUCUCGUAUUAUGCAAAAGUAAAAGUUGAUACUCAAAUGGCUGCCGAUAAAAAAGAACGAACAGAAUUUACUGUGAUUAAUCCUUUGAAUCUGAAUUUAUUUCCCAAUUUAAGAACUCCGUAUAAAAAAGAAAAAAACAAAACGUUUUGUUGUCUGUGUUGUGCCAGUGGUCCUCUUACCAUCGUUGUGUAUUUACCUAAAACUGGCUUCGCUGCUUCAGAAUCUAUUCCAAUUACUCUGGAAAUCGACAACGCUAGCUACGAUUCUGUAGACGCGAUUAAUAUUAAUUUGAAACGAGAAAUAAAAUGGACAGCGGAUGGAUGCCAUAAACACAAAGAUAUAAAACUUGAAAAAAUGAGUUUACCCGGUGUGGAAGCAGGAAAAUCUCAUAAUUGGAGUGAGAAUUUCACGAUUCCGCCCGCUAAUACCUACCCGAACCUGGAAGAUUGUUCGAUCAUCAUAAUGAACCACGAAUUACACAUCCAAGUUGUCUGUGGUAUGUUUAGUAAUCUAGUUAUGCAUAUCCCUAUCACAAUCGGCGACAUCCCUCUGAGUGAAGAUCCAAACACCUCCACUGUUACCUCUCAGUCUCAACCUCAAACUCAUCCGAACAACGUAUCCUAUAAUCCUAAUCCUGACAUGCAAAUGCCACCACUUGGAGUAUCCGUGAGCCCGCUCCCUUCACCGUAUCUAACUCGAGCUCAUCCAGCUGCGAAUUACCCAUACCCAGGAAACCAAACCGGUGAAGCGUGUUUUGGAGUACCUCCUUUACAAAUCUGUCCUCAAGCUCUUCCUGGUUAUCAACCUGUAAUAACCAGUUCUCCGAAUUCCAGUUUCGUUGCAAUUAAUCCGUAUCUGAAUGCUGGAGGAGUGUCUCCUACUCUUUCUGUUCGAGGAUUUCCUCAACCGAGUUCCCCUGCUCUUUCUGUUCGAGAAUUUCCUCAACCGAGUUAUCUUACUGGCACAUACCCGGGUCCAGGAGGUGCUGUUCCGGUGCAUCAGUAUCAGCCAGAAAUACCACGUCAGCCGGCUACUAAUCCCGAGUAUGCUCAGAAUGCUCCUCAUCCUCCGGUCGUGUACUACGCCGCUGCUGGUGAUGGUAUGCUUCUUACACCUUUACUCUCGUCAUCUCCUUCUGCUCCUCGGUUUUAAGUUGAAUUGCGGCAUUCAACGUACCUGUUUCUGAAUAUAUUUUCAAUAAUUCUCAAACAGGCCUUUAUUUUUUAAGUAUAUGUGACGCGACGCGACAAAAUCGACCUUCGAGCCGAAAAUAAGUUUUUGAGUUAUGGGGGGUUAAAGUUUUUAGUCCAGUUCUGCUCGUUUAGCGGAAGCGCUUGCGUUCUAAUCAGGUUCUCCGGCUAAACUGAGCUAAACAUAGUCUUGGAUAACGUUUCUUGCCUGUCUUGUGUGAAUAUCACUGGGUAAAAUGUUAUUUACAUUGAUACAGGGGGCUCAGUCGUGAUAGCGCUCAUUUUUUCAAUUUUUUAUUUUAUUUUUUCAUUAUUUCAAUUUUGAAAUCGAUCUGAAGGCGAAACAAAGCGUUCUACGAGAAAAAUACAUCGAGCAAAGUUGUAGAGAAUUAAAUUUCCAAAAACCUAAAAGAGGUUUAUUUUUCUCCUAAAUGCAUAGUUUUUCCGUUUUUCUCAAAAAACAGAAAUUUUAUGGUAAUCAUCAUGAGGUUUUUGUUUUUUGAGAAAAACGGAAAAACUAUGCAUUUAGGAGAAAAAUAAACCUCUUAUAGGUUUUUGGAAAUUUAAUUCUCUACAACUUUGCUUAGUGAAUUUUUCUCGUAGAACGCUUUGUUUCGCCUCCAGGUCGAUUUAAAAGUUGAAAUAAUGAAAAAAUCAAAAAAAAAAAAUCAAAAAAAUCAAAAAAAUGAGCACACUUCUGACUGGAUUACCAUGUAUAUGGAGCUAUGCAAAUCAUAGGGACUUCUGGGUGGUUUUAAAUGAUUUUUGAAUGUCCGAGUACCAAAAAUCCGUCAAAAAGUGAAAAAUAAUUUUUAGGUCCGAAGGUCGAUUUUGUCCCGUCACGUCACAUAUUUCGUACUUGUAUGAAAGUUAAUUCAAUUUAUGGUACCCCUACCUAGUUAUUUUAAAGUUGAAUCGUCCCAAUUCUCAGGUUUUUUGAAAUUAUAUCACAGCUUAAAAAGUUGCCUUACCUACUAUAGACUCACAAGGGAACCUCCUGAAGUGUCACACUCCGAUUUGAACGGGACCGCGAUUUUUGAAAAGAGCAUAGUCUAAAACCCCCAAAACCAAAUUUUCAGCAGCCUGAGUUCAUUUUUCGAUUUUUGGCGAAUUUUUGAAGAUUCAAAAUUAACUGUUUUUGGCGAUUUAUGAUUUUUCUUAAAAAGUACGUACUUGAUCAGUAAAAAUGGUCAAAAUAAGUCCACCAACUAAUAUUAAUUACCCAAAUCCGAAUUUCACCAUUUCCAGCCAUUCUGGAGCCUCCAGCGCGAUUUUUCAAUUUCUCCAGAAUUUUGAAUUUGCUCCAGAAGGCGUGAAUAUGCAGUUGGGCAGCUAAAAAUCGAGUUGUGUAUUAUACUCGACCUGUUUAACGAGUAUAUCCACAUUUGAGCCGAUUUUGAGAGUGUCACCUCAAGAGUGGUUUUUUGACCAGCUUUUUUCAAAAUUAAAAAAUCCAAAAAUUCAAAAAAUAACCGUUUGUGAGUAAAUUUUUGAAAUUUGCGCGAAUCGCUGUAUUUUGUCCAUAACUAACCCCCCCCCCAUCCACAUUUCACAAUUUCCAGCCAUUCUGGAGCCUCCAGCGCGAUUUUUCAAUUUCUCCAGAAUUUUGAAUUUGCUCCAGAAGGUAUGAAUAUGAAGUUGGGCAGCUAAAAAUCGGGUUGUGUAUCAUACUCGACCUGUUUAACGAGUUUAUCGACAUUUGAACCGAUUUUGAGAGAGGUUUUUUGAGGUGUCACUCUCGCUCCAAUACCGCUGGAAAUUGUAGAAUUUGCGCGCCGGGGUUUAAUUCUUGAAAAAAUACAGCGAUUCGCGCAAAUUUCAUUAAAUUUUCUCAUAAACGGUUGUCUUUUGAUUUUUUGUAAAUUUUUUAAUUUUGAAAAAAUUGUCAAAAAACCACUCUUGAGGUGUCACUCACAAAAUCGGCUCAAAUGUGGAUAAACUUGUUAAAGAGGUCGAGUAUAAUACACAACUCGAUUUUUAGCUGCCCAACUGCAUAUUCACGCCUUCUGGAGCGAAUUCAAAAUUCUGGAGAAAUUGAAAAAUCGCGCGGCUCCAGAAUGGCUGGAAAUUGUGAAAUUUGGAGUUGAGGGUUAGUUAUGGACAAAAUACAGCGAUUCGGGUGAAUUUCAAAAAUUUCCACACAAACGGGAAACUUUUGAUUUUUUGGAUUUUUUAAUUUUGAAAAAUGCUGGUCAAAAAACCACAUUUGAGGUGUCACUCUCAAAAUCGGCUCAAAUGCGGAUAAACUCGUUAAACAGGUCGAGUAUAAUAUACAACUCGAUUUUUAGCUGCCCAACUUCAUAUUCACGCCUUCUGGAGCAAAUUCAAAAUUCUGGAGAAAUUGAAAAAUCGCGCUGGAGGCUCCAGAAUUUCUGGAAUUGGUGAAAUUGGGAUUUGGGUAAUUAAUAUUAGUUUUGGGUCUUAUUUUGACCAUUUUUAUUGAUCAAGUACGUGCUUUUUUAAAAAAAUCCUAAAUCGCCCAAAAACAGUCAAUUUUGAAUUUUCAAAAAUUCGCCAAAAAUCCAAAAAUGAACUAUGCUCUUUCCAAAAAUCGCAGUCCCGUUCAAAUCGGAGUGUGACACCUCAUGAGGUUCCCUUGUUAGAUUUUAUAAAUUAAGUUACAGCAUUUUUUGUUUUUCCACCAUUCUUCCCUACUCGUAUUUUACCCUUUAUUUUUAAUGAUAGGUAACCUAAGUAUGUACAGAUCAUUUUUAUUACAAUUAGAUAUCUAUAGCUGUUAUUGAAGAACAGUUUAUUUCAUGUGACUUGAUAUUCAGCAACAUGAGUAUUUUAUUUUGAUAUCAAGAUAAUUUUUUUUCAUUUUUAUGUACUUACCUAUUGUAGGUAGGUACCUAAUUUUAUUUUUCAAUCACUACAGAUUAAAGUGAUGACAGCGGGUAUGCAUACGCACUUGAAUUUACACAUUCCAGUAACAAUCAGCGACGUUAUCCUGAAUGGGAAUCCGAAUACGUUAUUUGGCCAAUAAUUGUCCUAAAAUUUCAAUUUCAAUGAUAUAUGAAGAUGUAUUAUUAAUUUUCAUUAAAUACCCAAUACCCAUUGA